GAGUGGUGUGAGUAAUGUCUGAUGACAGCACAGGCACAGGAAUCCAACUAUUAUAUUUACACUGGAGUCCAGACAUUAUAUUUCAUUGAAAGACAGUCUGUCUUGAGCUGGAGGAAAUGUGCAGUUCAUACGCUCAAUUCGGUUUCAGUCAGCGCCGCUCCGUUGAUACAACUUCUUCCACGAUAUGUACUUCACCACGUAAAGUUGCAGCGGUGUCCACAACAAAGCUAGGCGGUGUGACGUUUGAUAGCUUCGCUCUGGUCCAGGGCGUUACUGUAAAUAAGUCGUACAGGCUCAGCAUCAUCCGGCCGGACGUAACACGCUGGACCUGAGCUAACCGUACAACCGAUUAUGAGGAAGUCAGUCUCCUUUGUCGUAAUGUCCCAAGUAAACCGGUUUCUCACCUGGACUGACAACUACUCGCGGCUGCUAGCUGCUGGAAGGAGAACAAUCACUUCCUACUUAAGUCACUCAGUCGAUAUCUGUUCCGUGACCAAGAAUGGGUAGAACGACAACCCCGGUCACAAACGGAAAACUGAAAAUACAAAUGAAUGGAAAUAACUUCAAAAGCGCGGUUUGUCAGAAAAAUGGAUACGACAAUAAAUUACAGAUUAACGGCAGGGCAAACGGCACCGGGCCUCCUUCCGGAAAGCGUUUGUUCCAGGGUCAGGAGUCCUUCGAGCAGGCCCCAAUGUAUGUGGCUGUGAUGACCUACCUGGGCUUUGGCCUCGUCACCCUGUUCGGCUACUUCAGAGACUUCCUGCGGGCGGUGGGCCUGGAGAAAUGUCACAUCGCCAAGGAGAGAGACGAGCAGAAGGAUUUUGUCCCGCUGUAUCAGGACUUUGAGAACUUCUACACCCGUAACCUGUACAUGAGAGUCCGGGACAACUGGAACCGACCCAUCUGCAGUCUACCUGGCCCGGUCUUCGACGUGAUGGAGAGGGUUUCUCCAGACUACAACUGGACAUUCAGGUUAACAGGGAAGACAAUUCCCAAUGUCAUCAACAUGGGAUCCUAUAACUACCUUGGUUUCGCUGAGAACAACGUGGACUUCCUGAAGACCGUAGCUGAAAGAGUACAACAAUAUGGCCUGGGAGUCUGUAGCACACGUCAGGAGAUGGGUAACCUGGGUAUCCACCAGGAGCUGGAGGAGCUGGUGGCCGAGUUCUUGGGAGUGGAAUCCGCUAUGGUCUUAGGAAUGGGCUUUGCCACCAACUCUACGAACAUACCGGCACUAGUUGGCAAGGGAUGUCUGAUUCUGAGUGAUGAACUGAAUCACACGUCACUGAUCUUGGGGGCCAGGUUGUCAGGGGCAACCAUCCGGGUGUUCAAGCACAACAACAUGCAGAGCCUGGAGCGUGUACUGAGGGAUGCUGUGUGUAGUGGACAGCCUCACACUCACCGGCCCUGGAAGAAGAUUAUGAUCAUGGUGGAGGGAAUCUAUAGCAUGGAGGGCUCCGUGGUGUGUCUGCCUGAUAUCGUGGCCUUGAAGAAGAAGUACAAGGCUUAUCUGUACCUGGAUGAGGCCCACAGUAUUGGAGCAGUCGGGCCCACUGGAAGGGGCGUGACAGAACUGUUUGGCCUGGAUCCCUCGGAUGUGGACGUCUUGAUGGGAACGUUCACCAAGAGCUUUGGGGCUGCUGGAGGAUACAUUGCUGGGAAGAAGGAGCUGGUGGACUACCUCCGAAGCCACUCCCACAGUGCGGUCUAUGCCUCUGCCAUGUCUCCUCCUGUCACAGAACAGAUUCUCAGGGCGAUGCGGUGCAUCAUGGGACUUGAUGGAACCACUAUUGGGCAGACCAGGGUGCACCGGCUGGCAGAGAACACCAGGUACUUCAGGUCCCGUCUGCAGGAGAUGGGUUUCAUCAUCUAUGGUAACGAUGACUCUCCUGUCAUACCACUGCUGCUCUACAUGCCUGGGAAAGUAGUGGCUUUCUCCCGGGCUAUGCUGAGACGGAAGGUAGGCGUGGUGGUAGUGGGUUUCCCAGCUACACCUAUCACAGAGGCCCGAGCACGCUUCUGUUUGUCGGCCGCACACACCAAGGAGAUGCUUGACAAGGUGCUGUUUGACCUCAAUGAGGUAGGAGAUGAACUUUGUCUGAAAUUCUCCCAGAGGAAAUACACAUCUCGGCCAAAAGAGCAACAUCACAACAACAACGACCUCAACAAAGACUUUAAGCAGGACAGCUUAUAGACGACCUCUGACCCCUAACCUCUGCACUGAGAGAAUUUAGAGGGAGAAAUAAGACAUCAAUCUACCCACCCUGUCAAAGGGUGCAUACUCAUCCCUUCUGGUCUAAUUGACUAGGGAGUGGGAACUCAUCCCUUCUGGUCUAAUUGACUAGGGAGUGGGAACUCAUCCCUUCUGGUCUAAUUGACUAGGGAGUGGAAACUCAUCCCUUCUGGUCUAAUUGACUAGGGAGUGGGAACUCAUCCGUUCCAUUCUAAUUUCAUUUAAAGAGGUUGUUGGAGGUAAUCUCUUCCAGGCUGAUUCUUUGAAAGAGAGAGUGAGGUCUCAUCCCUGCCCUGUAAAACAACGUGGGAAGGUUCAUUGAUCCAGGCUUGGUGGAUGCACUAUGUUAUAAUAUUAAAGUGUUCAUAUCAGAAUGUAAAUCACAAGAUCGUAUAUUUCCGUAAUCAUACAAAUUAUCCAAUUCGGCUAGCUCCUUGUAAAUAAGAAUGUUUUUUAAACUUACUGUUCUGAUUGAAAUGUUUCAUUUAAUUAAAUUAUCUAGAAUGAAUUUCUGAAAGACUGAGGCAGAGAACAAGACUGUCUCUUGGAGUUUGUGAUGCAUUUUAAUAAAAGUUUCUUUGUUUAUAUAA